AUGAGUAACCACAAUCAAUUGCCAGAGGUUGUCUGCAAGUUUCCUGCCCUACAAUCACAAGAAAGCGAAGUAGGAUCGACCGUCGAGAAGGCAGAAUUCUCGAUUGAAUUGCCAACGACAGAAUUCCAGUCAUGGCUACACGGCUUCAGUCGCGAACAGAACGUUCCUGUGUCAAGCAUCUUCAUUGCCGUAUGGGGCCUAAUUUUGAAGACUUUCACGGGGAACGGAGCCAUCUGCGCGGGAUUUGUGCUUGGAAAUGCACAGCUUGAGCUGGUGACGGCCGUGGUAGAAGAGCAAGCCACCAUCAUAGAGUUGCUUCGGUCAGUUGGAGAUGGGACGCGACCCAACGGAGACAACACAGCGGAGCUUCCUUGCAAUACGGCCGUCUACUUUACCAGCAAGAAAGAAGAAAUUAGCAGGGCCUUGAACGAAGUAAGUAAAGCUUAUAUGUCUGUGAAUAGAGUCGGAGAGCUGACCAUCGGUGGGUAUCAGUUCGAAGUAUCCCUGCUCGUGGUGGAUGGAGAAACCGAGAUGGACAUAACUCUGGCGUUUCAAACGAAUUAUAUUGCACCAUCACACGCAAAGCAUGUCGCACAAACCGCCGGUCAGUUGUUGAAGGAAUUCCAGCUUGAUGCCAGCCGACAAAUCUCGCAGAUAAACCUCCUGCAUCCUGAAACCGAGGGACAGCUACAAACUUGGGCCAGUCAGUCUCCAACGGUGGUCGAUCACUGUGUAGGCCAACUAUUUGAGGAGUCAGUACGACAAAGGCCACUGAAUGAAGCAGUGUGUACAGUUGAGGAGGUUCUCACGUACCAGGAGCUGGAUCGCCUCAGUGGACGUUUGGCCGUUCACUUGCAGAGUCUGGGAGUAGGACCGGAGGCCGUAGUCAUUUUAUGCUUCCCAAAAUCUGCCUGGGCCGUCGUUGCUAUGAUGGCUGUCAUUCGUGCAGGUGGUGCCAUCUUAUUUCUGGACCCAUCACAUCCCACCGCCCGGCACCGUGAAAUUGCGGAUCAAGUCAAAACGCAAUGGAUGCUCACCGCACCGGAACAUGCAGACCAGAUAGAAUGGCUUGAUGGUGAGGUAUUAUCUAUCGAUCGUGCCUUUGUGAACUCCCUGGGACCCAUUCCCCCUGGAAUCGUUCUAGCAUCAACCGCCGUCUCCUCAAACACAUUGUACAUCAUCUUCACCUCGGGUAGCACUGGAAAGCCCAAAGGAUGUGUAAUUGAACAUCGACAGUUCUUGACUGGGUCCCUUGCGCAGCAGAAAGCGUCUGGGAUGAAUUCCAAUGAUCGAGUGUUGCAACUAGCCUCAUUUACCUUUGACGUGAGUAUCCUUGAGAUUCUGACCUCGCUCAUAUCGGGGGCCUGUGUCUGUAUUCCAGACGACCGACAGCGGUCGCAGGGACCUGCCUCCUGCAUUCAACAGUUCGGCAUUACCUGGGCUUUCCUCACGCCAUCGUUGGUGAAGUCCAUGCACCCAGAGCAGGUACCAACACUCCAGUUCCUAGUGUUGGGUGGUGAAGCUGUCUUGGAGGAAAAUAUCCAGGUCUGGGCGUCACACGUGCGACUAGCGAAUGGAUAUGGACCUACUGAAUGCUCCAUCGCUGCAACGGCAAAUGUUGGAUUGUCCAUACGCACCAAUCCCAUGAACAUCGGGUACCCCUUGGGUGGCUGCUGUUGGAUUGUAAAGCCGGACGACCACGAUAGUCUCGUCCCUAUUGGAGCUCCCGGAGAGCUGCUCAUCCAAGGUCCCAUCGUCGCGCGGGGAUACUUCCAUGAGCCCCAAAAGACCCAGGCUGUCUUCCUGGACUCAGCGAAGUGGGUUCGGGCCGAUCCAACUCCAUCGCGCAUCUACAAGACUGGUGACUUGGCUCGCUUUAACGCAAACGGCACAAUCCACUUUAUGGGCCGAAAGGAUAGCCAGGUGAAGCUGCGCGGCCUACGAAUUGAAUUGGGUGAGGUUGAACACCGCAUCGCCGCUCACCCACUUGUCAGCCAAGUAUCUGUUGUUCUCGCGAAGGAUGGCCCUUGCCAGGCAAAGCUGACUGCUGUGGUCUCCUUGAAUGAGCUUCGGAACCCAGCUUCAAAUCUUGAGUUGCUCACCGGAGAUCACUACACCUUCGCUGCAGACCAGCUAGGAGAGGUUGCCAAGUCAGUCUCAGAGCAGCUGCCCAGUUAUAUGUUGCCGACCGUCUGGGCGCCGGUCUGGCAUAUCCCACUGACUAUCUCUGGAAAGCAAAAUGGAGUGGCAGUUCGCCAGUGGGUCCAAGACAUGUCACUCGACACAUACAAUGGCCUGAUAGGAAAAGGCGGUGACUUUGAGCGGGUCAGUCCAUCAAAUGAUCGAGAGCGCGAAAUCGAAGCCCUGUGCUGUGAAAUUUUGGGCUUAGAACAGCCAGAGGAGGUGUGGCUAAACAAGUCAUUCAUCCAGAAUGGGGGUGACUCUAUCAAGGCGACGCAGCUUCUUGACAGAUUGCGUCGCAAGAAAGUUGCUGUUUCGUUCGAAGAUGUGAUACAAAGAGCAACAUUGAUUGACUUGGUUCAGUGCAUUGAGAGUCAACGUUCAAUUGAUCCUCCUCCCCAGGAGGUGAUCCGUAAAUAUUCACCUUCCCUGGACCAGGAAAGACUUUCGCGAGUUGGAGUCGACAUCGGAUCGGUGGAAGAUGUGUAUCCCCUGUCUCCUGUGCAGCGAGGAAUCCUCCUGAGCCAACAACAGAACCCAGAAAGCUACCAGCUACGUAUCACCUGCGAGGUAUUGUCCUCACCAGGAGAUAAGGUUGAUCGACAUCGCUUGCUGGAUGCGUGGCAACAAGUCACUGCCCGGCACCCUGCGCUGCGGACUAUUAUGAUCGAAAGUGAAACGGAAGACGGCCUGUUCGACCAGCUGGUCCUGCGCGAUAGCCAAGCGAGGGUUUUGGAAUGGAAACAAAAAAGCGAGAAGGCCUUUUGGGAAGCGCAGGCCGAUUUUACUCGGACAGAUACUGCGCUGCAACCACCAGUGGUGUUCAUAGUCUCCGCCACGGAUGAUGGCAAGCACUUUGUCACUGUCGACAUAAGCCAUGCCCUGGUCGAUGGGGUCUCCAUCUUGGUCUUGUUACGCGACCUCUGUCUUGCAUACGAUGACAAACUCACGAAGGGUCGUAUAAUCAAAUACUCUUCGUAUAUCGACUAUAUCCAACAGCUGUCCGUGGAUUCUUCAUUGGAAUACUGGACUAAGCACUUGGAGGAUGCGAUCCCCUGCCACAUUCCAACUCUCAACGACGACCUCCUCGUUGAGGGUCAGCCAGGCGAGCUGAAAGUGGAUAUUCAGGGCGUGGACGCGCUAUACGAGCUUUGUGCCGCGAAGAACUUCACUCCGGCCACUGUUUUCCAAGCUGCAUGGGCCCUCGUCCUCCGGGCCUAUACGGGGCAGGACGAUGUCUGUUUUGGCUAUCUUACUGCAGGGCGCGAGAUGCCUGUGACUGAGGUCAGUGAGGCAGUUGGUGUGUUCAUUAACAUGAUGGUCUAUCACACGCAUAUCUCUCCCGAGACCACGAUCGCUUCUCUCGUGAAGGAAACCCAGCAGAGCUUUUUGGGAGGCCUUCCCCAUCAACAUUGUUCGGUCGCUGAAAUCCAACAUGCUUUGGGGCUUUCCAAGCCGCUAUUCAACACCAUCAUGUCACUGCAGAGUGCCUUAGGGGAGGACAUAUUCGGUGGAGAGGCUGAUGGGAGGGUAGGUUUCAGGGUCGUGGGUGAAUUGGACCCAACAGAGUAUGAUGUUUCGGUCAAUAUAUUUGUCUCUAAGGAACGAGUUUCUCUGACUCUUCGACAUUACCGGGCAAUUCUCAGCGAUGCGAUGGCUGAGAACGUCCUGGCAACAUUUUGCCGGGCCAUCGACAUCGUGGUUCAUCAACACACAUCCGUGCUAAGCGACUCGGACAUGAUGAGCGACCGGGAUCGAUCUCAGAUCGCACGCUGGAAUAGCCACGAAUGGGCUGACCUUCAUGUCUGUGUUCAUGAUUUGAUUUCCGAACAAGUGCUCGCUCGCCCUCAGGCAGUCGCCAUCGACGCCUGGGAUGGCAGCUUUACUUAUGAAGAACUUGAUUCCAUCACCAGUGCACUUGCUCAACGGCUGGUGCAAAAGGGUGUCAAACCCGAAUCUCUGGUGCCAAUUGGAUUUCCUAAAUCCCGCUGGACGGUUGUCGCCCAGUUGGCCGCGUUGAAAGCCGGGGGAGCGUGUGUUGCCUUUGAUCCCGAGCAUCCCAGAAGCCGACGGGAGCAAAUGGUUCAGCAAUGCGAUGCUACUAUCGCUAUCGUCGCAGAAGGCAACGAGUUGCUAUUUGAAGGACUUGUACCACUUGUGAUCGUCCUUGGGGCGAAGACCAUCGGUACCCUGCUCCAAUGCCAGGGAGCUUCCACCCUUCCUUCCGCUGCACCUGCAGUCUCGCCCUCCAAUCCAGCCUUUGUUGUUUUCACAUCCGGCAGUACUGGUAAGCCAAAGGGGAUUGUCCUGGAGCACCAUGCAAUCUGCAGCAGUGCAAAGGCUCAUGGUCCCGCCAUGAAUUAUGGCCCGGAUGCCCGAGUCCUGCAAUUUGCCUCGUACACAUUCGAUGUCAGCAUCGGUGAGACUUUCACUUGUUUAAUGAGUGGUGGCACGCUUUGCAUUCCCAGCGAGGAUGAACGGAUGAAUGAUUUGGCCGGAGUCAUCAACAGGAUGAACGCCAAAGUUGUAUAUCUCACACCCUCCGUGGUGAGUCUGCUACAUCCAUCGCAAGUGCCCGGAGUCCACACCCUGGCGCUGGGAGGCGAAGCCGUGCGAGAGAAUAACAUUACCAGCUGGGCCGAAAACACCAACCUAGUGAACAUCUACGGCCCAGCCGAGUGCUCAGUGUGGUCAACAGGCCUGCAAGGUGUGCCGAAAUCGGCAUCUCCACGUAACAUCGGCUACGGUCUCGGCGCCAGGAUGUGGAUUACCAAUGUGGAAGAUCCAAGUACACUCUGUUCAGUCGGUGCGGUCGGCGAGCUUUUAAUCGAAGGACCAAUUGUUGCUCGAGGAUACCUGAAAGACGAUACUAAAACAAGCGCUGUAUUUAUUCAACCCCCUGCAUGGUGGUCGAAGUAUCACAGCUCGAGGCCUGACCACGACUUCAAGAUCUAUCGAACUGGUGACCUUGCCAGGUACAACUCUGACGGCUCCAUUCAUUUCAUUGGCCGUCGGGACCAUCAAGUAAAGCUACACGGGCAGCGUGUGGAAAUGGGCGAGAUCGACCGGACAUUGCUGAUGCACGAAAAGGUUCAGAAUGCCUUGGCAAUAGUGCCUACCAACGGCCAACUGGCAGGUAAGCUAGUGGUGGUGCUGAGCUGGAAUGACGAGGUUCAUGCUCUCAGUAAGGCUGGAAUCGAGUUGCGAGGGGAUUCCAAGGUAGAUAUAUCACUAGUGCGAGAAUGGCUCGCGACGAGGCUCCCUGCCUACAUGAUUCCCUCCACCUGGCUUGCUGUGCAGUACAUCCCGGUCACGAAAAAUGGAAAGUCCGAUCGCCCAUCCGUGGUUGCUUGGGUGGAGGACUUGCAGCAAGUUGAUGACGACGUCACACCGAGUUGUAGCUCCAACGACCCCGAUAACAGUCCGAUGAACCAGAUGGAAACAGAUAUCAGGGAGGUUAUCAGCUCGGUACUCAAUCUUCCUCUGUUGGGGGUUCCCAUGAACCGCAGUUUCAUGGCUUUGGGAGGAGAUUCAAUUACAGCAAUGCAGACCUCUUCCCGGUCUCGAGCACGUGGCAUCCAGUGUGCUGUCAAGAGCAUCCUGAAGAGCAAAUCAGUCCGUCAGAUUGCCGCCGAGGCGACGAUUCUCGCCAACCCUGGUGGGUCAACAAAGAGUGGCGGUCAAGCUUUCCAUCUCCUACCAAGCAUGCGGCCAUCUGACCUUGACGAAUGGGUCAAACGAUUGGGAUACACAGGACUCCCUGACAUUGAAGAUGCCUAUCCCUGCUGCCCAAUGCAGGAAGGCAUCCUGAUCAGUCAAGCGCAGACACCCGAGACGUACAAAUUCUCAGCCGUCUGUGCUAUCCGGGCAGUAGAUACAAUGAAGCCAUUGGAAAUGAACCGGCUCCAAAUAGCGUGGAGGCGUGUCGUCGCCAGUCAUCCUGUCUUGCGCACCUUUUUCGUUGAGGGACUAUCAGGAGAAGCGAUGUACAGUCAAAUUGUACUGAGGGAACAUACUCCCCGAAUUGAGAGCGCCAAUAGCCUGGAAAGUCUGUUGCGUUAUCAUCAGGAACACCCCGUCGACUACAACGAAUGCGUUCCCCCGCACCGUAUGACUGUCUUUGAGGAUAAAGGUGCACUGUACUUCAACUUAGAGAUAAGUCAUACUUUGAUUGACGGCGCAUCAAUGCCCCUCCUACUGGGAGAUAUCAGAGCGGCCUACGACAGUGAGAUUUCCCCUGGUCCUCUCUUCAGUGAAUAUAUCGCCUUCUGGCAGCGACAGUCUCGGGAGACUACCACCACGUUUUGGACCGAAUACUUGGAAAAUAUGCAGCCAGCUAUGUUCCCAUCCCUACUGGAUAAAAUCGUCCCCGAAAAGGCGCUCCGCGUGGUUAAAAUGCCAGUUACUGACAGCAUGUUAUCUCACCUCAACACUUUCUGCAAAGACAACGAGUUGACCAUUGCAAAUGUAUUCCAGGCGGCCUGGGCGCUGGUACUGCGGGCUUACACCAGAAAUGUGGACGUGGUCUUUGGCUAUCUGUCAUCAGGGCGUGAUGCUGACGGCCUCGAUUUGGAUCACGCCGUGGGUCCAUUCAUCAACAUGUUGCCCUGUCGAAUCCAACUCGAUGACUCUUCGAAAUUGAUCGAGGUCGUGAGAACAAUAAAUAGUGACUUUUUGGACUCUCUGCCGCAUCAACACACCUCGCUGGCAGAAGUUCAACAUCAUUUGCGACUCUCUGGAGAGCGUUUGUUCAACACCACCCUUUCACUCCAACGAUCCAUGGUAGAAUCCGAUGAAAGAAGCAGUAGCAUCGCUAUCGAGUAUUUGGGUGGUGCGGAUCCAACGGAGUAUGACCUAGGUGUGAGUAUCACGGUCGGAGACGCUGUCAUUGAUGUCGAUAUCAAUUACUGGACGAGUUUCAUGUCAGAUGAGAAAGCUAGCAUGUUAGCCUCAACAUUCAAGACAAUUCUCACUAGCCUAGUGGCCACACCGACCAAGGAAAUCCGAGACAUUGACUUGCUUGGUGACCAACAACACCAAUACUUGAUGGCUCUCAAUGACAACGGCGAAGUUCCAGAGACUAUCGCAGGGUGCAUCCACGAUGAGGUCCAUCGACAAGCUCUUGCCCAUCCAUCCGCACCCGCCGUGGAGGCUUGGGACGCAUCAUUCACGUACGCGCAGUUGGAGCAAUUGUCCAACAAGUUAGCGACCAAGCUUGCGGCUAUUGGGGUUGGACCUGAGCAUGUGGUGGCCCUCUGCUUUGACAAAUCUGCAUGGGCUGUCGUGGCCAUGCUGGCAGUUCUCAAGGCCGGCGGUGCCUAUACUUCCAUGGGCCCAUCCCAUCCUAGGUCGCAUCUGGCACGAGUUAUCCUGGCUACCAAGAGUCUUGUCGUUCUGGCAGGAUCAAAAGCGUACGGAAGCUUGGUGGGGGACCUGGUGGAUCAUGUUAUCGUCGUGGAGCCUUCUCUGUUCCCAUCACUUCUUGAUCAUGAUUCGGGAAUCAUUCAAAAUGUCUCUCCGGAUAAUGCUGCAAUGAUCAACUUCACCUCGGGCAGUUCAGGGAAACCCAAGGGCAUUGUGGUCCGCCACAGCGGUGUAUGCUCAAUGAUAGCCCACAACGCGGACAUGGGCAUUGAUCGAUCCACUCGUGUCCUGCAAUUCUCCGCGUAUACCUUUGACACCAGCAACGGGGAGAUUUUCUUCACCCUGUCUGUUGGAGGAUGUGUUUGUGUUCCAUCGGAGGACGACCGGGUCACUGAUCUGGCUGGGGCAGUGACGCGAUUGGGAGUGACCUAUGCAUUCCUGACUCCCUCGUUGGUCAUCUCCCUGUCACCAGAGACACUUCCUACAUUGAAGACACUCGUACUCAUCGGAGAAGCUGUUCCCACUGAUCUUCCACGCAAAUGGCAAGACCAUGUUCGUGUGCUUAACAGUUAUGGCCCGGCUGAGUGCACCGUGAUGUCCUCCUUCGCUGUUUUGGAAGAUGACAUGCCAGUGACCAGUAUUGGACGAGCCCAUGGCUGCCUGUUCUGGGUCACUGAUCCCGAAGACAGCCAGAGACUCGUUCCUGUCGGCUGCGCUGGGGAGCUGCUUAUCGAAGGACCUAUUGUCACUCGCGGAUAUCUGGAUCCGAAGCUGACCGCUAAGGCGUUCAUUCCCCCUCCAGCAUGGCGCGGACAGACGACCAGUGGGUCGCGACUGUACAGAACGGGGGAUCUUGUCAGAAUCCUUCCGGAUGGAAACAUGCUGUUCUUGGGCAGAGCUGAUGGGCAGGUCAAACUAAACGGACAGCGUAUCGCCACAUGGGCCAUCGAGGAGGAUAUCAAUCGUCACCACCUAGUCCAUCAGACAGCUCUUGUCAUGCCUAGCCAGGGACCAUGCAAGAAGAAGCUGGUUGCACUGGUGACUUUUGAGAACGAGGUAUCUGCACAAGAUGUUGUUACCGAAGGGGUUGUACCUUUCAGUGAUGAUGCCAACAAGGACCAAGCCAUCGAGCGGAUCGCCUCCAUUCGGGCACGUCUCGCGGAAAUUUUCCCCAGUUACAUGAUGCCGUCCGUUUGGCUGCUGUGCUCCAGCCUUCCCUUAACCGCAUCAGGAAAGCUCGACCGGCUUACGGCCAAGAGCUGGGCGGAGAGUAUGGAGCAACAGACAUAUUUCAAUGCACUGGCUGAGAAGGAGGAGCAAAUUGAUCCCGCCGACGCUGGUAUUCCCAGAUCCAACGCCACAGAGCGUUUGCAGGGGAUUGUCGGUCGUGUUUUGAAUCUGCCGCUGAGCCAAGUGUCUCUCCAGCGAUCCUUCUUCAAUCUUGGUGGCGAUUCGAUUACCGCGAUGCAGCUGGUUGUGACGUGUCGAAAUGAGGGCCUGAAGCUACUGUUCAAAGACGUUAUGCGUAGUGCUAGCAUCGGAGCCCUGGCUGACUCUGUGCAGAUGGUCGAUCAUGUCAAUGUCUACCACCACAGGGACCAGCUAGACACGCCGUUUGACCUGACCCCCAUCCAGCAAUUCUAUUUCCAGAAUAUAUCCCAAGGAAGUCAUGAAGCGGCAGCAAAUCAAUUCAAUCAGAGUUUCCUUUUCCGCUUGACCUCCGACGUGCCCGUGGAGCAGUUGAGGGGUGCAGUUGACAAAGUUGUCCAGCGUCACUCGAUGCUGCGAGCUCGAUUCCGACAGUCGCACAACUCACAAUGGAAGCAAAUAUUGAUCGCCCAUAGCGCUCUGGCGUAUCGAUUCAGGCAACAUGCGGUGGAGAGCGAACAAGAGGCGCUCGAUUUGGCACUGCAUGCGCAGGAAGAACUCGAUAUCCAGAAUGGACCUGUCUUCGGCGUGGAACACUUUUCUAUUCCGGGCCAGAGUCCACUGCUCUUCCUAGUAGCUCACCAUCUGGUCAUUGAUUUGGUGUCGUGGCGCAUCAUCUUCCAGGAACUUCAAGACUCAAUCGCUGGGGAGGUCUCUCAAGCAUCCUCUCCUCCAUUCUCUUUCCAGCAAUGGCAGCAACUGCAGACCGAAUAUGCCGCCGAGCAUCUCCCACCGAGUAAAGCUCUACCCUACAUAAUUCCCAGGGCAGACUAUGCUUACUGGGGCAUGGAAGAUGUUCCCAACUUUGCUGGCGACAACAUCCAAAUCUCUGCUGUAUUGGCACCGCGGGAGAGUGAAGCUUUACUGACCGGUUGCCACCAGGCGAUGAGAACAGAGCCUCUCGACAUUCUCAUUACAGCUCUGUUUGCCUCAUUUAUGCAAACUUUCCAACGGGCUCCGCCUGCCAUCUUCAAUGAAGGCCACGGCCGUCAGCCGUGGACCAGUGACAUCGACCUCUCCGACUCGGUGGGCUGGUUUACCACCGUUUUCCCAUUCUUCCUAUCCGGACUAAAGCCAAAUACCCCUAAUAGGGAGAUUGCUCGAGGUGUCAAGGACCAGAGGGGCGCUCUUCCCGCCAACGGGUGGUCCUACUUCACAUCAAGGUAUUUGAACGAGGACGGUGUGAAGGCCUUCGCCGACCACAUGCCCGUGGAAAUUGUCUUCAAUUAUCUCGGAUUAUACCAGGGAUUGGAGCGUGCCGAAGGCAUCUUCCAGCUGGUGCCGUUCAACAAAGGCGAUGUGGGAUCUGCGGUGCGCCGUUAUGCCCUGUUUGAGAUCAAUGUCUACGUGAUCAAUGGAUCUACGCAUAUCUCUUUCACGUUCAAUCGUCAUAUGAAGCACGUGGACCGUAUAAACAGGUGGCUCGAGAACUACACAGCCUCUUUGAAGGAUAUUUCUCAGAGUCUUGUUGCGGCGAACUUCACUCUUACCAAGAGUGACUACCCUCUUCUCGACAUCUCAUAUCCCGAUUUGGAUAGGUUGCAGAACUCUACGGUACCAGACCUUGGACUGAAAUUGGAUGAUAUUGAGGAUCUGUAUCCAUGCUCUCCGUUGCAAACAGGUAUCCUGCUCAGUCAACUUCGCCUUGAGGAUGCUUACCUCUACCACGCCAUCAUGCGGAUGGACUCUUGCGCCGGCGUUUCUCUAAAUGCAAAUCGACUCGCUUCAGCCUGGCAGCAACUUGUCGAUCGUCAUACGAUCUUACGGACAGUUUUCCUUAAAGGGAUCACACAGCGACCGUUCGACCAAAUGGUUCUCCGCAGCCACCGCGCUGUAUCUCCGGUCCUGACUGCGCAGUCAAACAGCCAGGCUCUGGAUCUCCUCAAGAACUAUGAAAAGCUGCUACCAUCGAUGACCGAACCGCCUCAUCGCUUGACCAUAGUUCAGUGUGCAGAAGGCCCUGUCUACUUCCGGCUUGACAUAAGUCAUGCUCUUUUGGAUGGAACUGCAAUGUCGGUACUGAUCAAGGACCUCGCAUCUGCCUACGGAAACCAGCUCUCCGUGUCACCAGCUAUCCCCUACAGUGAUUAUAUCGCAUACAUCCAAUCACAGCCGGCGGCGGAUGGCCUAGAGUUCUGGUCAGAUCAUCUGGCCGAUGCCAAACCGUGUCAUUUCCCAUCUCUGCUAGUGUCUAGCGAAGUGGAACCAGAGAUGAGAACUAUCGAUGUCACGGUGCCUGACCACUGGGAGGUGCGUGCAUUCUGCCAGGAGAACAACAUUACACUAGCCAAUGUGAUCCGAUUGGCAUGGUCCCUCGUCCUUGCCGCGUAUACCGGGGAGGAACACGUUUGCUUCGGCUACCUCACAGCGGGCAGAGAGGUUCCUUUGCCAGGCGUUGAAAGUGCCGUCGGUCCUUUCAUCAAUAUGCUGGUUUGUGCGACAAAUAUUGGGCAAAUCAGCCAGAAGUCAGUCGUUACGGAGUUGCAAGACCUACACGAUGAAUAUCUCAAGAUGCUUCCGUAUCAACAUGUCGGUUUGGCCGAGAUCCAGCACGCGCUGGGUGUGACAGGCCAAUCAUUGUUCAACACAGUAGUGAGCUUCCAGCGUCGUGAUGUUGGGAUGCUGGUGCUGGACGAUCUGCAGCUGACAUAUCUUGAUGGACUCGAUCCCACAGAGUACGAUAUCAGUGUCAAUGUCGCCGAUACCGACCACGGUUUCACGGUAGAUUUGGGGUAUCUCACUUCACGCCUUUCCCCGGAAUAUGCAAACCAUGUGGCAGGGGCUCUCUCCGCUGCGCUUACAUCAAUUUUUUCCCGCCCUUCAUCCACGGUAGACUCCGUUGAUAUUUUCGGCUUCGCAGCCCGGAAGCAGGUCUUGGAGUGGAAUUCCUCUAUUCCUCCGAUUGUGGAGGACUCUUUGCAUUCACUCUUCCAGCGCAAUGCAAAUGCGUCUCCAAAUGCACCGGCCAUUGCUUCCUGGGAUGAACACAUGACCUAUGCGCAGCUGGACAAGAAGUCAUCCCAGCUCGCCCAUCUCCUCGUCAACAUGGGCGUGGCCUCAGAGGACCUCGUUCCAAUUUGCUUUGACAAGUCAGUUUGGGCAAUAGUCUCCAUGCUUGCUGUUCUUAAAGCGGGGGCAGGCUUUGUGCCUUUGGAUCCCUCCAGUCCAGCCAGCAGACUGGAACUAAUCAUACAGCAGACAGCUUCCACGUUGGUGUUGACUUCCCAGGAAAAGCUGGCUUUGGUAGUCGAUCUGAUCCCCAAGGUGCUGGUAGUUUCCGCCAAUGCCAGCAUCUGGGAUGAUGAGAAUUCUUCCGUAUUGAAUGGCCUGGUCUCACCCCUGAGUGUCGCAUACGUUCUGUUCACCUCAGGCAGUACUGGAACUCCAAAGGGUGUCGUGAUGGAGCACACGGCGGCUAGUACCAGCGUAAUCCACCAUGGACAAGAAAUCAGAUGCAGCGCUGCCACGCGAAUGUUCCAAUUCGCGGCAUUCACCUUCGAUGCAUGCAUUUUGGAGAUUUUCACAACUCUGGCAUACGGUGGGUGUAUUUGUCUCCCAUCUGAUGCUGAGCGAAUGAGUGAUAUUGCCGGCUCCAUGACCAGAUUGAAUGCCAAUACCUCCUUCCUCACUCCCUCCGUUGUGCGUCUUCUUCGACCGGAGCAAGUGCCGACUCUGAAAACGCUUAUCCUUGGAGGAGAGGCAUUGCAUCAAGACAACAUCCAAACCUGGUCAGAGAGUCUGCGUCUCAUGAACGGCUACGGGCCAACCGAAACCUGCGUUUUCUGCGUCAUGAAGACCUUCGCAGACAGGAAUGACCGGUGCGAUGUCCUUGGUCGUGCUGUGAGCUCUGUUUCUUGGAUUACUCGUCCAAACAAUCAUGAACAGUUGGCUCCAGUCGGGGCCAUUGGCGAGCUUUUGGUGCAAGGGGGCACAUUGGCUCGAGGCUACCUCCACGACCAGACAAAAACCGAGAGAGUGUUCAUUGAGAAUCCGGGGUUCUGUCCGACGAUGGAUGGUUCCAUUCAGCGAUUUUACAAGACAGGAGAUCUGGUCCGCUAUAACAUCGAUGGGACCAUCACAUACUUGGGCCGUAGAGACACACAAAUCAAGCUCCGUGGUCAACGAAUUGAGCUCUCCGAGAUUGAACAUCAGAUCAACCGUCAUAUCGCGUCAAACACCCAAAUUGCGGUCGAGGUCGUGGUCCCUCAUGGAGACCAAGAGCAAGCCCUUCUAGCUGUAUUUGUCUUCAAGCCAGUUAGGCCAGCGGACAGCGAGCUCCUUGGAGAAGUCACAGCAGAAACACGAGCCUGGGCAUUGGAUCUUAAGGCUCAGCUCGCUCGGGUUCUUCCACCAUACAUGCAACCAUCUCUCUAUGUUCCUACCAACUGGAUGCCAACAACCUCCGCAGAGAAGCUAGAUCGGAGGUCACUUCGCGAUGCUGUGGCCAAGCUGAGCGAUGGUCAGUUGAAGGGUUAUUCUCUUCGCGAAGAUGGUCGCCGGGCGCCUCAAACUGUAUCCGAGAGGAAGGUGCAGGAACUCUGGCAUCGCAUCCUGAAAGUUUCCCUGGACGAAAUUCGGUCAGAGGACAACUUCUUCCAAAUGGGCGGAGAUUCCAUUGCAGCCAUGAAAAUGGCCGCUACUACAGAGGAGGACUUCCCCAUCACUGUCAUGGAUAUCUUCCAGUAUCCCGUGCUGUUCGAGUUGGCCACCGUGAUGGCUGCCAAAGGGUUCGCUGAUGGCCACGAACGUCUGUCUUUGAAGCCAUUUGAACUCCUGAAUGGCAUUGCAGGGGUUUCUGGGAUCGUGGAUGAUAUUAGCCAUCAGUAUCUCAUCCCAUCCGAGUCAGUCGAAGAUAUAUACCCGUCUAGCCCUCUUCAGGAGGGUAUGAUGGCGCUUUCCAUGCUCAACCCCAAUUCCUACAUUUUGCGACGAGUUCUCCGCCUGGGUCCUAGUCUGGAUGUUGCUCGAUUCCAAUCAGCCUGGGAACUGGCCGCCCAGAAGAACCCGAUCUUGCGCACGCGCUUCGUGCCGACUCCAAAUGCCGGGUUUGUCCAAGUUGUGGUCAAAGGCAGUAUUGACUGGAGAAGGGCGGCGGAUCUGGAACAGUAUCUGGAGCGGGACCGGGCCGAGGGGAUGGUCUAUGGGGCUGCACCAGUGCGGUAUGGUCUCACAGAAGACGGGUACUUCAUAUGGACCGCACAUCACGCCGUGUACGACGGCUGGUCGCUGCCGUUGAUCCUCGACCAGGUCCAAUCCGCCUAUGAGCACGGUCGCUGUCCGGAUUCCACUCCAUUUAAUACCUUUAUCAAGCAUCUACAAGCCAGCAAUGGUCAGUCGACUCAAUCUUUCUGGGCAGAGCAACUGUCCGGUCCCCGUCCAUCGACGUUCCCCAAGCUUCCCUCGUCGUCAUACCGACCUUCUGUGCGCGGCAAGGUGCAGCACGAAAUCCCCGUGCCACACCCUGCAGACUCCACUAUCCUCAGAACCACCAUCUUGCGAGCCGCCUGGGGUCUGCUUCUUUCCCGGUAUGCUGAUAGCGACAAUAUUGUGUUCGGCAUGACCCUCUCCGGUCGCAAUGGUCCAGUCUCUGGUGUUGAUACCAUGAUCGGACCCACCAUUACAACAGUGCCUGUGCGGAUGAAGAUCACCCCAGCACUCACUGUCAGUGAGUUCCUUGCCCAGGUCCAGCAACAGUCGACGGAUAUGAUUCCUCAUGAACAUUUCGGUUUGCAAAAUAUUGCCGGCAUCAGCCCGGACUGUGCGCUGGGAAUCGAAUUCCAGAACCUAUUCGUCAUCCAACCAGUGUCAGACGGCACUGCUACUGCAGAUCUCUUGCCCGGCGUGGAAGAAGUUGAGCUGCCUCUGGAGGACUUUGACAGUUAUCCUCUGGUGGUUGAAUGCUUCAUAACCGACGACAAAAUAAUCGUUGAGACCCGCCAUGAUGAUAAUGUUCUCUCGGCCUGGCAGGUGCAGACUAUCAUGCAUCACUUCGAACAUAUCUUGGAACAGGUCACGCAAAUACAAAAUCAGGAAGCGCAGGUAUCCUCUGUGGAUCUCUUCGGCACUCACGAUCUCGAGCAGAUCAUCCAGUGGAAUGGACAGUAUCCGGAAAUUGUAGAGUCAACUGUACCAGAAAUAUUCUCCAAUCAGGUGGCAGAACGGCCAGAUGCCUUGGCAGUUGACGGCUGGGACGGAAGUCUGACAUACGGUGAACUUGACCACCUUUCGACAACCCUUGCUCACCAUCUCGUCUCCCUCGGAGUCGGUCCAGAGGCUCUUGUGCCUCUGUGCUUUGACAAGUCACGAUGGGCUGUCGUCGCACAGAUGGCCGUCAUGAAAGCCGGCGGUGCUUGUGUCAAUCUCGAUCCUGCCCACCCCCAAUCUCGUCUCGAGACCAUUGUUAAAGAUGCCCAGGCUACAGUCCUUCUGACGAAUCCUCGUCAUGCCCAUGUGCUCGGGGCCUCGAGCGGGUUGCAAACAGUGAUUGUGACAGAGCACUUGAUUUCGAAUCUAAAAGACCUGACGCACGAGUUGCCAACUGUCAGCCCUCGCAACGCGGCAUAUGUCCUUUUCACUUCGGGAAGUACUGGUAAGCCCAAGGGUAUCGUAAUUGAGCAUGGCUCGCUCUGUUCAAGCUCCAAAGCCCACGGAACACGCUGGGGGAUUGGCCCGGGGACUCGACUCUUGCAAUUCGCUGCGUACACAUUUGAUGUGAGUUGUGCGGAUAUAUUCACCACAUUGCAAAGAGGUGGCUGUAUCUGCGUACCGUCGGAGGAGCAGCGUCUGAAUGAUCUCUCGGGAGCAAUCAGCACCUUCCAGUGCAACUGGGCCUUCUUGACUCCCACAGUCGCUGCUCUGCUACCGGCAGGCAAUCUCCCGUCACUGAGAACUCUGGUUCUCGGCGGCGAGGCUUCCACGCGCGACACUAUUGCCAAGUGGCACAAUGUGCUCGACCUCAUGAUCUGCUACGGUCCCGCAGAGUGCUCGAUAUAUUGUUCUGGUGCUCCUCCAGCCAUCGCGACCAGUGAUCCGGCGAACCUCGGUGCAGCCAUUGGGGCUCUGUAUUGGAUUGCUCACCCCCAGGACUCUAACCGCCUGACGCCCCUAGGUUGUGUUGGAGAACUUCUUUUGCAAGGCCCAACCGUCGCCCGAGGCUAUCUUCAUGAUGCCGUAAAGACGGCCCAGGCAUUCGUCUCGGACCCUGUUUGGGCACCCUUUCCAGGUUCUCGAUUCUAUCGUACGGGUGAUCUGGUCCGCUACAAUGAAGAUGGCACGAUCCGCUUUGUGGGUCGCAAAGACACUCAGGUCAAGGUCCGUGGCCAACGCGUGGAACUCGGUGAAAUCGAGCAUGCCAUUCGUCUUGCAAUGCCCAGUCUUGCCCACGCGACCGUGGAUGCGGUGCAAGAUCCUAGUCGUCCCCGGCAGAUUGUGGUGGCUUUCUUGCAUUAUAGCAGUCGAAGUGGCCCUGUCGAGCUCAACGGCAUGUCUGACAAACUGCAAGAAGAGCUCGUCACCCUGCAACAGACCCUCAGUCAACAGCUCCCAUCGUACAUGAUCCCAUCCAUGUUUAUCCCCCUUUCCCGUGUGCCUUUGACCAUGAAUGGCAAGGCUGAUCGUCAGCAAUUACGCGAACUCGCGACAUCCCUCUCUCAAGAGGAUAUCUCAGCCUUUUCGUUGGCCAACACCGUGAAGCAGGAACCGACCACGGCGAUGGAAACGCAGCUCCGUGCAUUAUGGGCCAAGGUCUUGCAAGUUGAAGAGAAUAGCCUGGGCAAGAAUGAUCAUUUCCUCCGGUGCGGUGGAGAUUCCAUUCUUGCGAUGAAGCUCACGAGUCAUGCGCAAUCUGCAGGGUUCAGCUUGACCGUCCAGGACAUCUUCCAAACUCCAGUUCUCGAGGCGAUGGCAGCUCUCAUCUCCCAAAAGUCACUGCAAGUGGUUGCACCACAGUUGACUGUAUCCUAUACUCCCUUCUCUCUCAUCGAUGACUUUUCCCUCUCCGAUUUGCUUCCUAGCAUGGCGCCCUCUAUACACCCGGAAAACAUUGCAGACAUUCUCCCGGCGUCUGAUUUCCAGGCCUCCGCGAUUGCCCACUCCAUGAUGAAGACACAUGGCUUGGUAAAUUACCUCUUCCUCGACGGUAAAGGCGAGGUCCCAUGGGACCUAGCAUUUAUUCAGGAAGCAUGGACGCUCUUCCUUCAAACUCACCAAGUUCUCCGGACUGUAUUUGCCGCCCACGGAGACCGCUUCUACCAGGUGGUACUCAAAGACAUCGCCCAACCCCUCGGGUGGUAUCAGGUGGAAGAAGAGAUCGGACCGUUCUGCCUCACGUUAUGCAAAGAUGAUGUCGACAAAGACCUACCUUUAGGCAGUCCAUUGACCCAAUUGACUGUUGUCAGUAACGAAAAACACCAUCGGAUCAUUCUCCGGGUUUCUCAUGCCCAAUAUGAUGGUGUCUGUUUACCGCGCAUCUGGCAGAGUUUCCAAGAAGUGCUCUCUGGUCGCACACCUGCUCCAGAGAUUCCAUUCUCCAACUUCAUCGCCAAUAUCCAUCCUGCUAGCCAGGACUCCCAAAUAUACUGGCAGGAUGUCUUGUCGAACUCCACCAUGACCCCCAUUGUCGCGCAAUUUAAACCGCAAUAUCGGAAUGUAUACGACCUGCACCUGACACGGACAAUCCCGAUUGCCUCCCAGUCCGGCUCUGGAAUUACCUUUGCAACCAUUUUGAAAGCUGCCUGGGCUCUGGUCCUCUCUUCCUUAUCCGACAGCACAGACGUCGUCUUUGGCCAUGUCGUUUCAGGUCGGAAUAUCCCUCAACUCAAUAUUGAGCAGGUGGUCGGUCCUUGUCUCAAUAUCCUCCCUACCCGUGUCGUGAUCGACCCGACUGCGACGGUAAAUGACCUUCUGGACGCAGUGCAGGCUCAGCAUACGGCUCACAUGGCUCACGAGUCGCUGGGUACCCGCGAGAUUGUUCGAAGAUGCAGCCCCUGGCAACCAUCCACUCGCAUGAGUAGUAUCGUGCAGCAUCAAAACAUUGACCAAGAUGCGACGGUGACCCUUGACAAUCAGAAAUAUUUGGUUGGUGAUUUCUGUCCCGCAGCGGAUGAGGCAGACAUUGCCAUUAAGACCACCCCUCUUGACAACAACCAGAUGGAGGUCCUUCUCAUCACCUCGUCGCGCUCGGUUCAGGAAUCCAUGGCAGCGGUGCUUUUAGAUCGUCUUUGCAACACAAUUCAUGCUAUCUGUGACUCCACAGAUGCUCAAAUCGUGGUCUCGAAAUUGAUUCAUUCUGAGGCCGUCCUUCCCUUGCCGAGUCCAGGGGUCUCCAACGGGGUGCAUGAAGACUCUGCGACCGGUCGCGCCGACACGAUUCCAUCAUUGGACGCAGAUAAACUCUCUGCUGUUUAUGACAGCUGGAGAAUGAUUCUAGCCCAGCCUGAAUUGAAGUUGGACUUGGAAUCCGACUUCUUCGCCGUCGGUGGUGACCUCGUCUCGAUCGCGUUGUUGACCGCCUUCUGGCAGCGCCAGGGACAUCAGGUAGCGGUCGAAGACCUCUGGGAUCAUUCGCAAGUCCGUGAAAUGUUGGAUGUCUUGAUCCGGGCGCGUCACUAA